UACUACGAGUUGGUGACAUUUCAAUGGAUGACGUAUUUCUAAAGAUCGCAAAUAACACAAUCGUUUAAUUACUAUAAAUAUUUUUUUAAUUUGUAGGUUUUUAACGUGGAUUUUUAUUUUACUCAACUUUGGGUGGAUCCACGAUUAGAUGGACUUUUGCACAACGUAUCAAAGUUUAGAUUAAGACGAGAGAUGAUAAACAAACUGUGGCUACCGGACACCAUCAUUCGAAACAGCCAAGAAUCUACCUACCCAGAUUACAGCAAACAAGACAACGACGAAGUGGUUAUUCUCCGUCCAGGUGGUGUAAUCGAGUAUACAAGCAGAGUAAGUUCUGUUUGCUUUUGUUCUCUUGAUCUUCAUUGGUAUCCGUUUGAUGAACAACACUGUAAAGUGGAAUUUGAGUUUAUGAGUUACGACGUGAAUGAGGUGGUGUAUCGUGAACCAAAAGGUUUUUAUUGUGUCAGUCUGGCUCCAGGUGUUACUCUUCCUACUCAAUAUGUUUUACUGAAUGACACAAUCGACGGUUGUAUUGUGCAAAAUUUGACGUAUGGAAGAGGAGGAAUAGGAGGUUCUGACGUUGCAGAUUAUACAGAAAAAUAUUCGUCGUUCCACAUUCACCUACACUACAAACGAAAUCAUGAACCAAUUGUCAUCCGAUCUCUAUUUCCAGCUGGUCUCAUAGCAUUUAGUGCGUACCUCAGCUUGUACCUCAAAAUUCAACCACCACAAGCAAGAAUCGUUCUCACCAUUACCUGCUUUCUUCUCACACUAACUCUAACCGUAGUUAACCGCCAAACGAGCAGCAUCGACUACCUAACAGCUGCAGAUUACUACGUUCUUGGGUGCCUCGUCUUCAUCUUCAGUUGUCUCUUGGAGUUGGUGAUUGUACAUCGAAUUUCUCAUUGGAGAGACGGGGAGAAUUGGCUGUGGGCAAUGCUAAAAAAGCUAAGUCGUCGCACCCAAGCACCACAAAAUGAUCAGGUUCCCGAUCCUAAUGGUGACAUUGAAAUGCAAGAACUUGACCCUGCUGGAAACGAAAUCGACGUACGUCGUGUAAAUGAGAUGACAUCAAGAUUUAUAAAAAGAGCUCGUCAUGUAGACGAACUAUUUCGUUUGAUAUUGCUUGCGGUUUUUGUCUUGCUCAACUUGAUCUAUAUCGCUGUGGUUACGUAGCAAGAAAGCUGUCGACCACUGCACGGGACUGCUGAACACAUUUUUUAAUUAAUCAGAAACUGUCGUUUUAGUAAAUCUUUUAAUUGUUUGCUUGCUGUGAAUGUCACAGUUUGUCAUUAUUGUGCUGUUUGCUAUCAAUGACUCUCAUCAGGUAUUAAUUAGAGCGGGAGUAUUUGUAAAAAUUGAUGUUGUAUGGUU